GCGGUCCCGGGCCGCGGGCUCCUCCCCGCGAGGGUGCCUGUCUGCCGCUCGCCGCGCUGAGGCAGUGCGGCGGCGGGCGGGCGGGCCGAGGCUGCCGCCCAGCGCCCUCGCCGCGGCCAUGCCCGGGCCCUAGCGCGCCUGCCGCAGCCCGCGCCCGGCGCCCCGUCCCGCGCCCCGCACCCCGCACCCCUGCAGCCCUGCAGGCUCGCGCCCGCCGCCGCCUCUUCAAUGGGCAACCUGCUCGGCGGGGUCAGCUUCCGCGAGCCCACCACCGUGGAGGACUGCGACUCCACCUGGCAGACGGACUCGGAGCCCGAGCCCGAGCCCGAGCCCGCGCCCGAGGAGCCGGGGCCCGGCGGCGGCGGCGGCGGCGGCGAGGGCCCGGGGCAGGAGCCCGAGCAGCCUGCGCAGCCCCCGGAGCGAGGCGGCGGGCGGCCCCGCGCCAGCCCCGCGCCGGACGGACACGCCGAGGCGGCGGGCGCCGAGCAGGGUGGUGAUUCCACUGAAGCAACUGCCAAACCAAAGAGAAGCUUUUAUGCUGCAAGGGAUCUGUACAAAUACCGACAUCAGUACCCACAGAACUUCAAAGAUAUCCGAUAUCAAAAUGACUUGAGCAAUCUUCGUUUUUAUAAGAAUAAAAUUCCAUUUAAGCCAGAUGGUGUUUACAUUGAAGAAGUUCUAAAUAAGUGGAAAGGAGAUUAUGAAAAGCUGGAGCACAACCAUACUUACAUUCAAUGGCUUUUCCCCCUGAGAGAACAAGGCUUGAACUUUUAUGCUAAAGAAUUAACCACAUAUGAAAUUGAGGAAUUCAAAAAAACAAAAGAAGCAAUUAAAAGAUUCCUCCUGGCCUAUAAGAUGAUGUUAGAAUUUUUUGGAAUAAAACUGGUUGAUAAAACUGGAAAUGUUGCCCGGGCUGUUAACUGGCAGGAAAGGUUUCAGCAUCUGAAUGAGUCACAGCACAACUAUUUACGAAUCACUCGUAUUCUUAAAAGCCUCGGUGAGCUUGGAUAUGAAAGUUUUAAAUCUCCUCUUGUAAAAUUUAUUCUUCACGAAGCUCUUGUGGAAAAUACUAUUCCCAAUAUUAAACAGAGUGCUCUGGAGUACUUUGUUUAUACAAUUAGAGACAGGAGAGAGAGGAGAAAGCUCCUACGUUUUGCCCAGAAACAUUACACGCCUUCAGAGAAUUUUAUUUGGGGACCGCCGAAGAAAGAACAGUCAGAGGGAAGCAAAGCCCAGAAAAUGCCCGCCCCUCCCACCUCUGGUCAUAUCAGUCAAACUUCUAUGCACAAAAAGUCCAAGGACUCCAAAAAUUCCUCCUCAGCUGUUCAUUUAAAUAGCAAAACAGCUGAAGAAAAAAAAGCAGCACCAGGAGGACCUGGAGAGGAAACAGACAGUCUUAGCGCAGAGCCCAGCAGUGAAGCUACCAAGCCAAGAAACACCGAGGAUGGUAAUGCCGAAAAUUCAAAUUCUGAACUGGAAAAAACAGUCACUGAUCCCACAGAGAGGAAGGAGACUGCAACUCCUACUGAAAAAGAUGAAGAAGGUGAAAAUCAUAAGAAAGACGGUGAAAAUCCUGGAACUACAGGUUCCCAUGAUGAUGUACAAUUACAGUGAAUUAUCAGAGAACCCACAACCCAGCUUAGGUAAGGGAGGAGAAACCGUACAAUGCAUCCUGAAGAACAGAGGGCGCGUCGCAAAUUUUAGCCAUCUGUUUGUGAUUUCUGUUGUAAAUGUUUUGCUGUUGUUUUUUUAUUGUGGAUGACCAUGAAUUUAAUAUUUAGGAAGAAGUUUCAAAUAAGACCCAAUAAAUGAAUGUAUUCUAUAACACUUUUAGGAUGUGAGUGUUCAAAUUCUGUACAUAAUAAUUGCUUUUCAAUUAUUUUCAACAUAUCUGGAAAUAAUCAUGUAGUAUUUGAUAUAUCAAAUAAAUUAUUUCGGGAGAUUACAGUCUACAUGAAGAAAAUCAAGAGGAUAAAUUUCAUGCUCUUGCCAUACUUUUGCCCAAAUUUAUGGAUUUAUCUCUUGAGCUGGCAAAACAAAUUUGGACUUUUUAGAUGUAUUAAGAAAGUAAUUUGGACUCUUUCAUUACAGCACCUCAACAUGUUUAUUUUUGAAUUCUGGUAUGUGAAAUUUCUGUUCUUGGGGAGCUAUAAUUGCCCAGCCCAUUCCUUGGCCCCACUGUCCUUUCCUCUUUCCCUGUCUCUGCACUUGUCCUCCCUCAUUUGCCAUUUUUGUCGGCCAGCAUGUGCAUUUCUAGGGUACGUUCAAGUUAUCUGUACUCAAAUUUAAAUGGAACAGAAGAGCACUUCAACUGUACGAUAUCAAGAAUUUGCUUUUUUAAAGUAAUGAAAAUGUUUUUCUGUGUUAAAUGCUUAAAAACAAAUUACGAUGCAAAAGUCCAAGGAAAGUAUUUUGCUUUUAUGGCUGUCUCAUAUAAAUUUGGUGCUUGUUUCUGAAUGCAAAUGACUAAAGAAUUAAAAAAUAAGGAAAAAAAUUA